CCAAGAUUAUUGUGGAGGAUGUCUCUUACUCUGCUUUUGUUUGGAUUAUUUUUAUUCACUUUGCCGUCGGCCAGAGCAGAACCAGAGCUGCAGGAUGAGGAGGAUGAUGAAGAGAGUUCUUGUCAAGGAGCUUUUGACCUCUACUUUGUGCUUGAUAAGUCUGGCAGUGUACAGAAUCACUGGGAUGAAAUCUACUACUUUGUAGAAAAUCUUGCUGAGAAGUUCAAAAGUCCCAUGCUUAGGAUGUCCUUCAUAACAUUCUCCUCAAGAGCAUUCACCAUCUUAAAACUUACAGAGAAAAGAGUGGACAUUCAAAAAGGUCUGAACGCUCUUAAAAGAGAAACUCCAGGUGGAGACACAUUUAUGCACCUUGGACUGUUAAGGGCAAAUGAGCAGAUAUCCCAGGAGAACUUUGGCAAGGCCAGCGUGAUUAUAGCACUGACAGACGGAGAACUGCAGGAACAUCAGCUAAUCACCGCACAGCAGGAGGCUGAACGAGCCAGAUCUCUUGGAGCUAUCGUGUACUGUGUUGGUGUUAAAGACUUCAAUGAGACUCAGCUGGCGACCAUUGCAGAUACCAUCGAACAUGUUUUCCCUGUUUUGGGAGGCUUUCAUGCCCUUCGGGGUGUGAUCAAUUCGAUCAUCAAGAAAUCGUGCAUUGAGAUCUUAGCGGCCGAGCCCUCCAGUGUGUGUGCAGGAGAGACUUUCCAAGUGGUGGUGAGGGGCAACGGGUUUCUCCAUGCCAGGAACAUCGAUCAGGUGCUGUGCAGCUUUAAAAUCAACGACACCAUCACAAUUAAUGUGAAGCCUGCAGGUGUAGAAAACACGUUCCUGCUGUGUCCCGCGCCUGUCAUAGAUGAAGUCGGGAAGGUGAUUUAUCUUCAAGUGAGCAUGAACGACGGUCUGUCUUUCAUCAGCAGCAAUGUGCACAUAACCACCAGCGAGUGUUUCGAUGGCACCAUUCUUCUCAUCACCUUGCUGGUGUUGUUUCUCCUUCUGGCCCUGCUGCUCAUGUGGUGGUUCUGGCCUCUCUGCUGCACUGUGGUUAUCAAAGAACCUCCUCCGCCACCUCCUCCUGAGCCUGAGUCAGAUGAUGAAGAUGGUCUGCCAAAGAAGAAGUGGCCCACAGUGGAUGCUUCAUAUUAUGGAGGGAGAGGAAUCGGAGGGAUCAAGAGGAUGGAGGUGCGUUGGGGUGGAAAGGGCUCUACUGAGGAGGGGGCGAAGCUGGAGAAACCGAAGAAUGCAGUUGUGAAGAUGCCAGAACAGGAAUACGAACCCUUCGAGCCCAAACCCAAGAAAUCACCCAAGAAGCCGCCUCAGAACCGGAAGUGGUACACACCCAUCCGGGGUAAACUGGAUGCUAUCUGGGCACUGUUUCGUCGCGGGUAUGAUCAGGUCUCCUUGAUGAGACCCCAGCCUGGUGAUAAUGGUCGAUGCAUCAACUUCACAAGAGUGAAAGAGGGUUCCCAACCAACAAGGUCGGCACCACGCACCCCAAUCCACACGCCCUCGGCGCCACCGCCCGACUACCGCCAUGUCCCAGAAUCCCCCGUGACUUCCAGUCCUCCGGCCAGAGCACCGCCCGUGGUCCAUCUGCCACCAGGACCCCCGCCGUCCCGCUUGCCCCCAGGGCUGCCUUGCCCACCACCGUCGCGCCCUCCACCUAGCCUGCGACCAUGA